GACACACCGCAGUCGAAACCAUUACGAGUAAAUUCCAAAAAUUAAAAAAUGAGAAACAACGCUUUUGAAGAUGAUGAAGAAGACACCUAUAGAACCAAAAUGCGUAAUCCUCAUCAGCGUGUCGAACAAGACAACUACCGAGCUAAACGGUACAGUGAUGCAGGGUUAAGUGACCGUGGAUCAACCACGUUUUUCGAACGGAAUCAAGAACCAGAUGAUCCUGUGUUACUAGAUCAAUUCGAUGAAUUUUACAAAACUACAAAAAGUCUUCUGGUGUUGUUUCAAUUAAUGGUUAUGCCCAUUGAACGGAGUGGGAUUGGUAAGACUACUUUCCGAUGGUUUUCUGGUACCGCCAUCUAUGCCUAUGCCCUAUACACAGCAGAAACUGCUUUCGUCAGCAUAGUCUUCAAAGAAAGACUCUUAUUAAUCCUACAACCUGGAAAACGUUUUGAUGAAUACAUCUACAGUAUUAUCUUCCUCAGUAUCCUGGUCCCACACUUCAUGUUACCAGUUGCCGCUUGGACCAAUGGUGGGGAAGUGGCUAAAUUCAAAAAUAUGUGGACACGAUUCCAGUUUAAAUACUACAGGGUCACAGGGGAUCCAAUUAUCUUCGAAACUUUGUCUUGUAUAACUUGGUCACUUUGUUUCUUCUCCUGGGCUUUGGGUAUUGGUGUAAUGCUGGCCCAAUUUUACUUACAACCUGAUAUGCUUCUCUGGCACACUUUUGGUUACUAUCACAUCUUGGCGAUGUUGAAUGGUCUUACAUCUUUGUGGUUUGUAAAUUGUACAGCCAUGGGACAAGUUGCUAUGGACCUAGCUCAUAAUCUUCAUACUGCUUUGGAGAGUUCUGAUCCUGCUGGGCGUCUAGCAGAAUACAGAGAUCUCUGGGUUGACUUAAGUCACAUGAUGCAACAACUUGGUAAAGCUUAUUCUGGAAUGUAUGGAAUUCUUUGUAUUUUGAUUCUCCUGACGAAUAUUGUUGCUAUUUAUGGUUGUCUAACUGAGAUCCUAGAUCAUGGGAUCUCUUUCAAAGAAGGCGGGUUGAUUUUGAUCUCGUUAUAUUGCAUGUCUUUGAUGUACGUCAUCUGUAAUGAAGCGUAUCAUGCAAGUCGCAAAAUGGGUCCUGAAUUUCGCGAACGGUUACUUAACGUGAAUCUUACAGCGGUUGAUAAUAGAACAAGACAAGAGGUCAACAUGUUUCUAACCGCAAUUGAUAAAAACCCACCUAUUAUGAACCUUAAUGGUUAUACAAAUAUUAAUAGGAAGUUAUUAUCAUCAGUUAUAACCGCAGCUGUAACAUACUUGGUUAUGUUGAUGCAGUUCAGAGCGACGCUCAUGCGCAAUGCAGCCGUUGCGGCGCGUAGGAAAGCGCUGGCCAAUCUCACGGUCACGCCGCAUUAGUUUUUGCAAAUUGAAAUAUUUAAUAGCCGUGGUUACGUGAUUGCAUAGAACAAGUUCGCGUUCUGAUAAGGUAGAGUCACGAAUUGCGUAUUGUUUUAACUUGCAGUACAGCCAGCGCAUGAAUCAUCUGAUAAACUGUAACCUAACCUAUAAAUUGCACGUUGUUAUUGAUGUAAUGAAUAUAUUUUUUGAUGUCUUCGUAGACGCAGAGUAAAGACGUUGUUAUGA